UUCCUGUUCCAAACCACGUGGACGCGCCCGGGGCUGUGGGGCUGCGGGGCUGAGGGAGGCUGCGAGGGCCGCUGCUGCAGCUGUCGCCCGGGUCAAGACCCCCUUUGCCCAUCCAAAUCACCGCGCUCCGGCUGCCCGUGCCUCUGCAGAGGGCGCGCACAUGGCGACCCAGGCGCACUCCCUCAGCUACGCGGGGUGCAACUUCUUGCGCCAGCGUCUGGUCCUGUCUACCCUGAGCGGGCGCCCAGUCAAAAUCCGAAAGAUUCGGGCCAGAGACGACAACCCGGGCCUCCGAGAUUUCGAAGCCAGCUUCAUAAGGCUGUUGGACAAAAUAACCAAUGGUUCUCGAAUUGAAAUAAACCAAACAGGAACGACCUUAUAUUAUCAGCCUGGCCUUCUAUACGGUGGAUCCUUGGAACAUGACUGUAGUGUCCUUCGUGGCAUUGGCUACUACCUGGAGGGUCUUCUUUGCCUGGCUCCAUUUAUGAAGCACCCAUUAAAAAUAGUUCUGCGAGGAGUGACCAAUGACCAAGUUGACCCUUCUGUUGAUGUUCUUAAGGCAACAGCACUCCCUCUGUUGAAACAGUUUGGGAUUGAUGGUGAAUCCUUUGAGCUAAAGAUUCUGCGUCGAGGAAUGCCCCCUGGGGGAGGAGGUGAAGUGAUUUUCUCAUGUCCUGUAAAGAAGGCCCUGAAGCCCAUCCAGCUCACGGAUCCAGGAAAAAUUAAACGUAUCAGAGGAAUGGCGUACUCUGUACGUGUAUCACCUCAGAUGGCAAACCGGAUCGUGGAUUCUGCAAGGGGCGUCCUCAACAAGUUCAUACCUGACAUCUAUAUUUACACAGACCACAUGAAAGGAAUCAGCUCUGGGAAAUCUCCAGGCUUUGGGUUGUCACUGGUUGCUGAGACCACCAAUGGCACCUUUCUCAGUGCUGAACUGGCCUCCAACCCACAGGGCCAGGGAGCAGCUGUGCUUCCAGAGGACCUUGGCAGGAAUUGUGCCAGGCUUCUGCUCGAAGAAAUCUACAGGGGUGGAUGUGUGGACUCAACCAACCAAAGUCUGGCUCUACUGCUAAUGACCCUUGGACAGCAGGAUGUUUCCAAAGUUCUGCUAGGACCACUCUCUCCUUACACGAUAGAAUUUUUGCGGCAUUUGAAGAGCUUUUUCCAGAUUAUGUUUUAAAUUGAAACCAAGUCAUGUGGUGAAGAACUUAAGGGUGGGGAUAAAGUGCUGAUGACCUGUGUGGGCAUUGGCUUCUCCAACCUUAGCAAGACCCUCAAGUGAUUACUGUCACAGGAUAAAGCCCCAUUGCCUCCAGAAGCUGCCAAGGACACCAAAGGGACCAAGUCCAACGUAUUGAUCCAGGACAGGAUAGCCACUUAUAUUAAGGAUUUCCCUCAUUUUCCUACUAAAAUAUCCAUAUGCAAAUAAAAGGCAUCUCUCCGCCAUGUGGAUUCCAGUUAUUCCUCCAGUGGCAUUGACAUUCCUCGGAGGCCUAAUCGCCGUACAGCACCCUGGCUGACCUGGAGGAAGAGUGCCCUCAAGACAUGGUCAUGCUUCUAAAACAAUAUCACAGAAGCAUUCUGUGCUUUCAUCUCACAUUCAUGGACUUCUGUGUUGCAGCUGUCUUCCAGACUGUGGAGUCUAUUAUGUUUCGUUCUGAAAGGACCUACCUCUUUGACCUCAUAUCUUUUAUAGGAAUUAAAUGCAACAAUGUGUGUGGGAGCUCUUUGUGUGUCCUGCAGUGCCAUGCAAAUGUUAUAAAUUGGUAUAUUUUAUCUCUUGUCUUAUGAAUGAAUUGCUAUCAUGGACACACA